GAUCGUUCAUUUGAAUUCAAACCGAGUGUCCGGUUAGACGUGAUUUCGUCUUGUUUUGUGAGGCGAUAGUGUGUGUAAGACUAGAGCUGUCAAAAAUCUGGUGGAAGCAGAUUCUCCGAAGAAUUGCAUCAUAAGUUUCCAGAAACGUGAUUUUCGUGAGCCGUGUUUUAAGCCCCACAGGACGUAGAAAUAUGUUGAAGGCAGCGAAAUAUUUAACCCGUACACUUGCGGAGAACCGUAGUCUAUUGCAGAAUGGUGGAAUCAUCGGCAACAGUCUGCAGGCUCGAUUUAAAUCCGACACCGUCAAGGGUGCCGUAAUCGGAAUCGAUCUCGGUACGACCAACUCCUGCGUUGCCGUGAUGGAAGGUAAACAGGCCAAAGUUAUUGAGAAUGCUGAAGGUGCCCGCACUACACCGUCGCAUGUCGCCUUUACCAAAGACGGUGAACGGUUGGUCGGUAUGCCGGCCAAACGACAGGCUGUAACAAAUUCUGCCAAUACCUUUUAUGCGACCAAACGCUUGAUCGGCCGUCGUUUCGAAGAUCCGGAAAUCAAGAAAGAUUUAAAAAAUCUUUCCUACAAAGUGGUCAAAGCUUCUAAUGGGGAUGCCUGGGUGCAGGCCACCGACGGCAAGCUCUAUUCGCCCAGCCAGAUCGGAGCGUUUGUAUUGGUAAAAAUGAAGGAAACGGCUGAGGCAUAUCUGAAUACGAACGUAAAAAAUGCCGUUGUAACGGUGCCGGCUUAUUUCAACGACUCGCAAAGACAGGCAACUAAGGAUGCUGGUCAGAUUGCUGGUUUGAAUGUGCUUCGUGUGAUAAACGAACCGACUGCUGCUGCUCUUGCGUAUGGUAUGGAUAAAAGUGAGGAUAAAAUAAUUGCCGUCUAUGAUUUAGGAGGUGGUACCUUCGAUAUCUCAAUUCUGGAGAUCCAGAAGGGCGUGUUUGAGGUUAAAUCGACCAAUGGUGAUACUCUGCUGGGCGGAGAGGACUUUGACAACCAUAUUGUCAAUUAUUUGGUAGGAGAGUUCAAAAAAGACCAGGGUAUUGACAUCACCAAGGAUCCAAUGGCAAUGCAACGGUUGAAGGAAGCUGCUGAGAAGGCAAAAUGCGAACUUUCGUCUUCUGUCCAGACCGACAUUAAUCUGCCUUACAUCACAAUGGAUGCUUCGGGACCGAAACAUUUGAAUCUAAAGUUCACUCGUGCUAAAUUGGAACAGUUGGUUGGGGAACUGAUCAAACGUACGAUAGCUCCAUGCCAAAAGGCAUUAUCCGAUGCGGAAGUAUCAAAGUCAGACAUUGGAGAAGUACUACUCGUUGGAGGUAUGACUCGUAUGCCAAAGGUCCAGCAAACUGUGCAAGAAAUCUUCGGGCGCACUCCAUCUCGUGCUGUCAACCCAGAUGAGGCUGUCGCUGUCGGUGCUGCAGUACAAGGUGGUGUUCUUGCGGGUGAUGUCACGGAUGUGCUCUUGCUUGACGUUACUCCCCUGUCACUUGGUAUCGAAACGUUGGGUGGUGUGUUCACUCGCUUAAUCACUCGUAACACCACCAUUCCGACCAAGAAAUCUCAGGUCUUCUCCACAGCCGCUGAUGGUCAAACACAGGUCGAGAUCAAGGUGCACCAGGGUGAACGUGAAAUGGCAUCCGACAACAAAAUGCUUGGUUCCUUCACGUUGGUAGGAAUUCCACCUGCCCCUCGUGGAGUGCCACAGAUCGAAGUUGUUUUCGACAUCGAUGCCAACGGCAUUGUGCAUGUGUCUGCAAAGGACAAGGGAACCGGAAAGGAACAACAGAUUGUGAUUCAAUCUUCCGGUGGCUUGAGCAAGGACGAAAUUGAAAACAUGAUCAAAAACGCUGAGCAGUAUGCUGCCACCGACAAACUGAAGAAGGAACGUAUCGAAGCGAUCAAUCAAGCCGAAGGUAUAGUGCACGACACUGAGUCGAAAAUGGAAGAAUUCAAAGAUCAGUUACCCAAAGAAGAGUGUGAUAAACUACGGGAAGAAAUCACCAAAGUGCGGGAAAUCUUGGCCAACAAGGACGAUGCAGAUCCAGAGGAAAUCCGAAAGACUGUCAGCACACUUCAACAAUCGUCACUGAAAUUGUUCGAAAUGGCAUACAAGAAGAUGGCUUCAGAGCGCGAAAGCAGCGAUAGUAGUUCCAGCAGUUCUAGCAGCAGCAGUAACGAAGAAGCUGAGAAAAAAGAAAACAAAAACUAAAAACAUAUUGCUUUAUGAAGCAAUUAACACAAAACAGAAACAUCUUGUAAAAAUAGUUGUAGCCAUUAUAAUAGAUUUAGUGAAAUUCGGUCAGACAUUACUAUGGAAGAAUACAAACACACAAUUUAUCCAGUAUCCUAGUUUUAUCAGCUGAUCGCUAGUGUCUUGCUAAUCUCUGAAGGACUUUACUGAGGAUGAAACAUGAUGACUAAUGUGUGACGGCUAUCAUAGUGAGAAUCGUUCUGAAGUUACUAGCGUAUAAGUUAUUGUAUUCUGCGAAUGCCAGUUUCAUUUCGGCAAGACCGAGGGAGUCGAUAGUGAGACUUUUUCACAUUUGCGAUUUUCGUUGAGAUCAGUGCAUCACUUGAUAAGUUUUUCAGCGGGAAUGUCAAGAUUUUGAUUUGAAUGGAUUUUGCUAUUUUAAACAAUGUUAUAUUUCUACUUAACGGAAUUAAACCAUUUCAAAAUCAUA